CAAUGUCCGUGUUGAAGAUGAUCGAUUAUUAUUUUACAUAAUAUUAUAUGACAUACCAAAUAUCUACACAAGUUAAGGUUUACAAACAAUCAAACACUGCCUGCUAAAACACAAAUUGUGUGUCGUGUUCUCGUGUGAAUUUCGAGACUUCGAUCCUAGACAAGUGUAUAAGUUCGUUGUUUGCUGUUUUACACUCAUACCAUUACAUUCGCUACUAAUUGCACAGUCUUUUACGUUUUCUAUGCCAUAGACCGUCCGCCAUUUUUCUACUUUUGCGAGAAGUCGUUCGCUUCAAUAUAUUUAUUAUAUCGAUUUCAGUAUAAUUAAUUAACGAUUACAAAAUGAAUUCUGACGGUAAGUAUUCAUUGUGACAAAUAAUUAUAGUAGAUUAUUAAUUAUUAUUAUUUUGUUGUAUAUUAUUAAUUAUUAUUAUACCUAUAAGAUUAUCCAUCAUUAGGUCGUUUGUUAAAUUGGUGUCUAGUACCUACCAUAAGUAUAUCAUUUAUCAUCAUCAUCUUAUGUUUGUCAAGCCCUGAAAACAUGAGUAAUUUCAAAGUAUUUCUUUAGUUCCCUAACCCAUUAUGUUGGAAUAUGGAACUGUUGAUAUUAUUUAGGCAUCAUAGAUUUCAUACGAAAAUAAUGGGAAAUGAUAAAAUUGCCGACUUAAAAUUAAUAAUAAUGGGCAUUGGUUAGUUAAGUUUCGUCCAGUGAGUAUUUCCUCGCCACUCAAGUUUAGUUGACGCCAGUCACUUAUGUAGGUAUCUUUUAUUUUAAAAUUAACCUACUCAUGUACGUUGGGGAAGUGCUUAUUUUCCAAUAUUGAAAUUUUUUCAGUUGAUUCUUCUAAAUUAGUUUCAAUAUCUAUAAAAAUAUCAUACAGGUACAUAUUUUCAAGUCUAAUGGUUAAGUUUAAUUUGUGCCCCAAAGCCCUCAAAGUUCAAGAAAAGGUUUUCUUCAAAAUAUCAUUUUUUUUUUUUCUUUAAUUUUCAUUUAAUGUAUCAUUAUGAUUAGUUUGUGCGAUAAACAUUAUACAAUAUAUUUAAAACUUAUACAUUUAUAUUAUCUAAUGUAUAUUUAUUGAAUCGGUUUUUUAAAUAAUUAUAUUAAAUGUACUUAAGUUUUAUUCAGAGUUUUAUUGGUUUUUGAAUCUGUUCAAUUAAAAUCUUUCAUCAAUUUGACAGUUCAUUCUGCAGUGUCAUUUAUGACUUUUUAAUUAUGAAGUACCCAUUUCAUAUUCUGUAUUCUAUAUAGUACCUUAUAUAGUUCCUUUUUACUAUAUAUUACUUUUUUUAUUUUAUUUUUGUAUUCUAUAUUGUUUUGCCAGGAAGAAGGUGAAUCAAGACACCAUACAUUGAUAUUAAAUUGUUUAACGAUAUUCUGGAUUUUAAACGAAAUAAAUACUUCUAAUUUUUACCGAAAAUAUUUGGUACUCACUAGAUUUAAGUUUAAAUGUUUUUGCAUCGUUAGAUAUACAGUCAUCAAAAAAUGUUAAUCAAAUUGUUUCAGUUGUUAUAUAUAUAUAUAUAUAUUUGUAUGGCAACAAUAACACAUUAACAUUUAAAUACAAUUUAUAAGUGAUAUUAAUAACAGUACAUUAUAUAGUAUUUAGUCAACUCAAAAUUUUUAUGUCCAAGACACUUAACCAUUCACACGCUUCCUUCGUAACUUCAUUAACCCCAUUAAUGCCUGACUUGAAGCUUCUAUUCGGGCAUUCAUCUGUUAUAUAUCUCACAUUCUGGCUGUCAUUUCCACAAUUACAUUCUGAGCUGUCCUUUUAAUUUCCACUUGAACAUCAUAUGUCCACAUCUUCCGUGUCCAGUUCUUAAUCGGUUAAGGAUUAGCGAUUCUUGUCGUGAAAGUUCAAAUCCUUUAUUAAAUUUUUAUGUAAUACCCUAUUGCUCAGCCACUCCUGCCAUUUUUUGACACUGCGACUGAAUUAAUUUUCUGGCCUUGACCCAUGGUGGUUUUCUUGACUUUAUUCUUAUAUCUCGUACAUUUUCUAAGUAUUUGUAGAGGCUUAAGUUUUGUAGACAUUGGUCUUAAUAAAUAGUCUCACCAAUGCUUCAUUCCUUCCGAUUUCUGGUGGUGCGAUAUUUGAAAGAAUUGGCAACCAUGGUAUCCGCGUUGAUUGUACUACUUUGUUUAUUAACCGCAUGGCACUGUUUAAAUGCAUAUCCACUUUUUCUGAGUGUGUUUCAGGUUUAAGUUGUUAAAUACUAAAGAUAUUUGUUACAUUUUUUUUUUUGUUAUUUCCGAUAAUUUUUGUUUAUUUUUCUAUAUUCAUAAAUAUUGUGUAAACAUUCAAAAUUCUGACAGGAAGCAUAAUUAGCUUUUGGAGUAUUUGACCACGAUUUAACAUAUUUGCAAACAAUAAAAAAUAUAUGUUUAAAUAAUAAAUAACAAUAAAUUUAAAAACUAUUGAAAAAAUUGAUAAAUGACUUCCCUAAAGUACUUCCGUACACCGAUUUCUUUUCAGAAAAGGUGUUACACUUAAAAAUCUGAGUAAAUCUUUUUGUAGAAAAGUUUUAUUAUGUUAAAAAAUUAUUGACAAUGAUAUAUUUUCUGAUUGAUCAGAUAUACAUACAACUUAGCAUUCAUUGUCCUCAUGACAUAUGCCUUAAAUACCCAUUGUUGCAGCAGUAUUCAACCUGCAUUAUUUAUAUGUCUUACAAGUACAUUUUCAUCAAUCUCAGCAACUCAAUCAGCACCUAUCCCUGAGAAAGUUUCCAUACACAUAUUUCUCUAAUAUAAUUAUUCUAGUCUACUAAAGUAGCUUAGUUCAAAUUCGUGUUUAUAAAAGUUCUCUGAUGUCAGCUUAUGAGUUCAAUCAUAAAUUAAAUUAGCAAUAGAUGGCAAAUUUACCUUAUAACUUUGUAUCCAAUUAGUGGUCUUAACACCCUUGUUUUCUCAACAUGAUUUUUAAUGAUAUUGCUCCCUUUGAAUAUCUACCACCAUUUCAUGUCCAUUUUGUUUCGAGACUUAUUUACCAUAUUUCACACUAAUGAAAUUAUUGCCAAUUAAACCAUCAUGCACAUGACUAUAGUCUGUCCCACGAAAGAUUGGGCUGCUUUUGUAUAUAUAUAAUGUUAAAACUGACUUCGAGUGGUGACAGGUUAUUGAUAGGCAACAUUGCUGUGUGGGUUUACGCAUGAGCGACAGGUAUUGGUGAGCGACCCAAUCUUGUAGGACAGACAAUAUACAUUAGUCAGAAUUUCAUAUUAUUUUGUUAUAAUUAUAAUGAUACUGAUAAUAAUUUAUUUUUUAUAAAUAAAUACAGGUGAAACCCCAAUUUUGAUAGAUUAUAAGUAGAUUCAGAAAAAAACAGGUAAUCUUAAGUAUAUAUCAAUAUUCUGCAUUUAUUCUGUUAUUUUUAACAAAAUAUUUCAGUGACCCCUACUAAUUAACUGAGUUAAGUAAAUAAUAUUAUAUAUGGCUCAUGGCUGUAUCAUUAAUUUUAGUAUUACUAUUAGGAUUUUACAAAAUAUUAUUCUUAAUGUAUUCAAUAUGUGAUUUUCAUAGAUAUACCUAUCCAAAAUAUUUAAUUUUAAUUUGUACAGUACAAUUUAUAUAGUACAGGAUUUAUGGUGGGUGUCAACUAAACCUGAGUGGUGGAAGAAUACUCCGUGGGCAGGUUUCAACUAAACCAAUACCUAAUAAUGUCCAAAUUUAAUCUAUCAAUCUAAGUGAUUUAUUAAUUUAGUCAUACUAGUAUAGUUAAAAUAAAUUUAAAAUUCAUAGGUAUGUAAAUAAGUAUUAUUCAGGUAUUAUCCAUCAACUUAGUUUAUAACUUUUUUAUGAAAUAUACACCUAGUAUUGUAUUGGUAUUUUCAAUUCUAUAUUUAUAUUAAAGUGUUAAAUGUUAACAUAUAUUUCAGUUCAAAAAUAGUAAAUAAAUCCAAAUCAUAUCUAUCUUGAUAAAUUGAUUAAAAUAAAACAACUGUUUUUUUUUUUUUUUGUUAUUAUUUAAAAAUUAAAAAUGUUAAAGUAAUAAAUAAUUAUAAAAUAAACUUACUGAACUGUAUAAACAUAACUUUAUAAGCUUAAUAACAAUGAAUGUAACAAAUUAUACCCGAUAGCUCUGCUCUUCAGUGCAUUUAUAAAAAAUAAAAUAUAAAAACGUUUAUGCAAUAUUAUAAAACAUAAAACUGAUUAGUUUUAUACAUUACUCUAUUAUUUACGACUCUACUUAAAAUGUUUAAAUAUAAUUUGUAUAUGAUAAACAGAAUUUAUUUACUUAUUGUAUUUAAUAUUUAUUUAUGGUAGGUACAUAGCUAGCUAGUAGCUAGUAAUUUAUUGCCAGUAUUAUUUUUUUUUUAAAUAUUUUUUAUAAAGAUUUGCCGGCUGUAAAAAGAAGAAAAGUAAAAAUUGAAGAGGCUUUAAAAGAAAUACGAACUAAAAGGACUGGUUCAUCUAAAAAUGUACAAGUUCAGAAAAAAGUAAAGUUAGGAAAUUCAAACAGAAUCGAUAAUGAAGAAUAUUGUACCAUCACUAAACCUGAGAAAAAUGUUCCAGUUAUUCAUUCCAGAUAUUUUCUGCAGGUAAAUCAUUACUUCAAUUCUUAAACUUAAUUAUUUUUUAAAUAUUUACCAUAAUGGGUGGGUCAUUGUUAUGGGCGAGAAGUUUGGAAGGUAGAGGGAAAAUUGAAUGUAUAUCUAUAUACAAUGAUUAACCAUUGCUAAUGUAAAACGAUUUUGAACAGAGUUCAGUUAAUAGUGUUACUUUGUCAACAAUGUAUAUGUCAUAUUAUGGUAAAUUCAUUAAAUAGAAAUUAUAUGAUUUUUUUUUUUAUACAAUGUACUGAUUUUCUUAUGUUUUUCCCUGUUUUGCUCCAUUUUAACAUUUAUUGGGAAAAAUCCUUGGAAAAUAAAAAAUUACCUCUCCUAAGUGCCACCCCAGUAAGAUAUCUUUCCAAAAAAAAGUGCUAUAAUUUUAAAUCUGAGCUAAAUUGUUAGAAAAUUGUAGUAAAAUAAAAUAAAUAAACAUCAUAAUUAAAACCAAUUCAUUCUUCAACAUUUCUACACUCAAACUCUAAAAUAAAGUGCAUUAGAUUCAAACUAUAUAAUUCAAAUAUUUGUGUUUUUUUUAGAAUUGUUCAUCAAAGGCUUUGAUCAUAAUUAAUGACCUUCUAGAAAGUAGGAUAAAUGAUAUAAAAGACGAUGGUAAAAAAGAUUCAAGUGCUAAUACAAAUCAAGAUAUGUAAGUUUUAAAUAGUACAAAAUGUGUUGAAUGUCUAUACAAUUAUUUAUUUAUGAUUAAUUAAUUUUUAAUAGGACUAAAACAAUUAUGACAGAGGCAUUAGAAGAGGAAGAAAAUGAUAAGGUAAAUAAUGAUAUGGACAAUGUAUAUUACAGUUCUUGUUUUAGAUAAACUAAAUUAAUAUAAAUAUAUUAUAUAUAUAUUAAUUAAUAUAAAAGACUUUAAAUUAAUUUUAGCAGUGUUAAUUAUCUAUACAAUAAUAAAAUAAUGAAGCUAAUGGAAAUUAUUUUCCCACGCCAUUUAUGAGUUCUCAUUAUUCCUAUCAUUUUUUGCAUGAAUAUCUUUUUAUAUGGUGUGAAAGGUUACAGCUUUUUUUUUUUUAAACCACCCAAAAGCUUUUAUUGUAAAGAUCAAAAUAAAUCUUUAACAAUAUAUUAUCACAGGUGUACAUAAAUACUUGUGAUUUAUUUAUAUACAAAAAUAAAAAAUGAAAUAAACAUGUGUGGAAUCUCACUCCCAGUGGAGUGGCCCAGUCUUGGUUUAAGAAUCUUUUACUAAGUCAUAUGGUCUUUGAGAAGCCUCAUGUCUAGAGAGUUGUCUAGUAGUUGAAUUAGUGUGUUGAUCCAGUCUUAUCUCAUGUUUGCGUCGAAAGCGAUCAUCAUAUCUCGGUGGAUAAUUUCAUUUCUGUCAUACCGGUUAGCUGCGACAAUGGUACGGAGAGCGAUGUUCUGCCAACAUUGUAUAAUCUCAAUAUUGGACUUGCUGGUACAAUCCCACAGUUGAAUUCCAUAAGUCCAUAUUGGUUUAAUUAUCAUUACAUACAAGAGGCGUUUGCUUGUGAGAUUGCUCUAGUUCAGAAUGUUUUUCAACCAGCCAAUAUAGUUGUCACAUUUUUUUCUGUCUAAAGUGAUGCUUCCAGUUGAGCCGAGAGUCCAGGUGCAUUCCUAGAUAUUUUGCUGAGUCACACUGUGGGAUGCUCUGCUGAUCUAGUAAUAACGGUUUAUAGAGGGUUUUACGCAAGGUGUAAUUUAAGUGCACCGAUUUUUCACUGUUAAUUUAAAUCUUCCAAUUCGUCCAGUUGGAAACAUUGUUGAUGGACCUUUGAAGCCAAUCAGUCGCAAUAUGCUGGUCUUCAUUUGUUGUCAUUAUUGCCGUGUCAUCAGCAAACNUCAGUUCAGGAUUGGUCCAAGGACGCUUUCCUGUGGUACACACACCAGUAUCUUUUUCCAAUCAGUUAAUGCUUCUUCAUGAAUGACCCUGAAUUGAAGGUAGGAUUCGAAAUGUGCACACCUGGUGUGUGACAGCUGUUCACAUAGUUUUAUAAGUAAUCAUUUGUGCCAAACUUGUCAAGGAAUACUCCGCAGCAAUACUUUUUCUCUUCAAGCGCUUUGCUUAUUAUUUUGGUGACAUGAUGGACCUGGUCGAUUGUUGAGUGUUUAUUUCAAAAUCCAAACUGAUGUUCUAGUAUAAGCUGUCUUUCUUCUAUUAAUGGUUUUAAGUGUUUUAGCAGUAGUUUUUCAAAUAAUUUUGAGAUGCUUGGAAGAAGCGAAAUUGGUCUAUAUGAAGUUACUUGUUCUGGUGGUUUUCCUGAUUUAAGUGCCAUGAUCACUUGGGCUCAUUUUCAUUGUUUAGGAAUGUAUUCCAUAUGUAGAAUAGCAUUGAAUAUGUGUGUUAGAUGAAUUAUAGCUUUUUUAGAUAACUCUUUCCGAAUAUUUGUGUUAAUCUGAUUGUAUCCAAGCGCCUUUUUUGGGUUGAUAUUCAUUUAUAUCAAUUUAUUUUGCGAUUUCAACUGGAGUAAUGUGCUUUAUCUUAUUGCAUAGUUCAUUUAGUGAUUGACACUGAGCUAUGUGGAGUUCGGAAAUCAUUUCAUUGGUUGAAAUACACAUUAUAAAUGAAGUGCAUAUAUAUAUGCUUUAUCAGCCUGCCCAUGAUCCAUCUUCCAUUCGGAUAGGUGGUACAUAGGCUCUAGAACUUCAUGCGUCUUGUUGCUUUCCAUAAUGAAUAACACAAGUCUACAAAGAUUUUUCUGUUAAAAAUUGAAUAGCUGAUUUAUAUGUAUUUUUCAAUGCUGAUAACAAAAAUAUAAUUAGUUUUUUCUGUCAUGUAAUCUUUCAAAGUUAUCCGGUUUUCACUAUUUAACAUUAUUCAGAAAUAGUUGACAUACAGUUUAUUUCUUAUGAUAUAUUAUAUGUGUAUGACAACUAAUAAUCUCUUAUUAUCAAUAAUUUUUAUUUAUAGAUAUUUAUGAUCUGGCUGGCUGAUAAAAUAUGCUUGGAGAUAAUUGUGUUUAUUAUAAUUUUAUUUUUGAUCAUUCAGUAUCACAGUUUUGAUAUACAAGUAUAUAUUUUUGUUAGUGUUCAAUUAUUAUUAGUAUAAUAAAUAUAUCAAUAUGAAAAGAAGACGUUAUGUUAAUAGUCCAGACAUUUUUUGUUUCAUUUGUGGAGAGUUUAUGGUGAAAAACCAAAGACAAAACAUCACUCUACUUAUAAAAAAAGCAUAUUAUGCAUAUUUUGGAAUACAAAUUUGAGAUCAAGAAAAACCAUGGGCACCUCAUAAAGUUUUUAAAAUCUGCGUCGAAGACCUUAGAAAUUGGAUUAAAGGUAAGAAGAAAGCUUUUCGUUUCGGAAUACCAAUGGUUUGGCGUGAAUCUAAAAAUCAUGGAGAUGAUAUGUUAUUUUUGUUCAUGUAAUGUACAAGGAUUUAAUAAAAAAAAUUAAUUGCUAUAAGACCCCUACUGCAUGGAUCUACUAUACCCAUACCUUUAUGUCCAGUAAAUCUUGAUACCAUUUCAACAUCUGAAUCCAGUGAUAUUGAUUCUAAUAACUCAGAUUAUUAUGAAGGAUAAUGUAAUGCGCUUUAAGUUUUCACACAAAGUGAAUUAAAUGACCUUAUAAGAGACUUGGAUCUUCCCAAAGAUGUUUCAGAAAUUUUAGCUUCAAGACUUUGAAAUAAAAACUUAUUAGGUCCAGGUGUAUUGUCAUCUUUUUAUAGAAAUCGAGAACAUGUGUAUGUUCAAUAUUUUACUCAAGAGCAAUCAUUAGUAUAAUGUAACUAUAUUCCCAAUUUGAUUAAUGAAUUAUUAGAAAAUAUCUAAUAUAAUAAAAAUGAAUGGCGCUUGUUUAUAGAUUCAAGUAAUCGAAGUUUAAAUGCAACAUGCAUCAUGCAACAUGAGUAUAAAAGUGCAUUUUUUAUUUUCACAUUUAGAUAAAUUCCCGGAAAAAUUUAGUUAGGAGAUGUUAAUGUAGAACAAGGUGAAAGAUUUUACCAGGUUAUCAAAAAAAUGGAGUAACGCUACCAAGGAAUGUUACCAUGAUGGCUGACUAUUGUUGGAUGUUGCAACAUGAAAAAACACAAAAUAUGUACAAAAGAAAAUCAACCAAACAAAGUUUUUAUUCAAAGAGGCAAAGAUAUUUGUCAAAUAUAAAAUAAUAUUAAUAUACCAACUGUGUUAACAGAAUAGCUUCAUAAUUUUGUAAUUUUCAUUUUUUUUUUAUAUGCUACAUUAAAUUCAUUAAUUGUAAAAAAUUAUGACGUGAUAUGGCCAAAUGGUUACUAUAUUUGAAUUUUGUGUACAUAUUUUUAAUAAAAUCAGUAAUUAAAAACAGGACAGCUUUUAAAAAUAUUUUUUUUGUAGACCUAAUUUUAAUCAGUGUUAUUCAUUGCAGAAAGUUCACUUAAGUAUGAAUUGAAUGUUUUGUUUUUAACUUUUUUAAUUUUGUCAUUUAAAAGUUUGGUAGAAUGAUUCCAGAUGGUUUUAUCCGAAGGAUCUCUUGUUCGGUGCCAUUUUUUUUUUUUUGUUUUACUAAAAAGUUACAGCUAAGUAUAAAGAAAUGCAGUUAGUAAUAAAAAGCUUAAGUGAAAUAUUCAACAGUAAAAAAUAGUUCAAUUUUUUGGGAGUGGCGGUUGCAGCUUAUUGAUUAGGUUUGAAAUAUGCUUGCAUAAUUUCAGACCUAUUUGUAGCAUUAUAUUAAAAUUUGGAAAGUCGUGGAAAUAUAGAAAUUUAAUCUAUUGUGACUAACUGUACUCAUAUAUAGUUUUCUAGAUAUACUGUUCCUAAACAAAUAUUCUACUGUACUUCUACUUAGAAUAUUUGCUAAAAAUUAUCCAACAUUACUGUUUUAAUUUGUAUGGUUUUGGUUUUUCUAAACUUAAUAUAAAUGUAUGUUGCUAGUUAGGUAAUCAAUUUAAAUUUUUAGAAAGGACAUUUUCAAGACAAUUUAAACAUAAGUAAACAGUACAUCAAAUUCAAAAGUAUUUCAUUUGAAUAUUUGUAUUAUUUUAGAAUAGUGGCAUAAAUGCUUUGAAAGUCAUUAGUACUCUUUUAAAGAAGAUUUACGAACAAACAGAUGCAACAAAUGAAACACAUAUUAAUAUAAACCAAAACAUGUAAGUUUUAAAUAGUAGGAUGAGUUUGUACAAUUAUUUAUUUUUAAUAACUUUUUUUUUGUAAUAGCACUAAUAAAACUAUGAUAAAGGAGACAGUGAAGAAGGAAGAUAAAAAUAAGGUGAUAAACAAAUUAUUGAUUUAUUUUUUUUUCUCAAUUUGUAUUUCAUUUUUUAUUUUAAAUAAUCAAAAUUAAUUUUAAAAAAUUACUGACUGAAUAUAAAACAUGAUUACAUAACUACAUAUUUAUAUAUAUAUUAUAUAUAAGGUGAUAUCUGGAGAUUUGUGGAAAUAUUUCAAUUAAUUUCUUCCUUUGUUAUUUGGCUAAAACUACCGCAAUAUUACUUUUUUAAUUUGUAUGAUUUAUGUUUUUCUUUACUGAUAUGUAAAUUUAAGUAGCUAGGUAAUUAAUUUAAAUCAGUAAACUAAGUAGGAAUUUUACAUAUAAAUUUAAAUGUAUAUGAAUUUAUACCUAAAUGUUAAAGUAUCUCAUUUAAAUAUUUGUAUUAUUUCAGAACUGUGCAAUGAAUACUUUGUCAAUCGUUGAUAACAUUUUAAAAACAUUUUGUGCUCAAAAAAAUGAUGCAACAACAGAUUCACUCAUUAAUAUGAACCAAGAUGUGUAAGUUUUAAAUAGUAGGUUGAGUAUACAGGGUGUUUCAGGAUUAUUUGUACAUUAUAGUUACAUGUAAAAUUGUCAAAUAGUCCUAUUACAUUUCAUAUACAAGUAUAUAAUUAUUUAUUUUUAAUUUACAUUUUUUUUUUUUUAUAUAGCCUUUAUAAAACCAUGGUAAAGAAGACAGUGGACAAAAAACCCAAGAAUAAGGUGAUAAACAAAUAAUAGCUAAAUUUUCUUAUUUUCAAUUUUUAUUGGAAUAUUUAUUUUAGAACUUCUAUGUACAUUUUAAAGACUUUAAAUUAAUUUGAGCAUUAAACAUUAGUCAUUAAACAAACAAGGAAAUUAUGGAAGUCAUUAUCCCUGGUUAUUCAUGAGUUUUCAUUAUUCUUAUCAUUUUUUGCUGGUUAUCUUUCUGUAUGUGUAAACCAAGAAGUAAUUACAACUGUACAUAAAAAAAUGUGUUUUUGCAAAAUAAAUUGUAUUUGAAAUGCAUAACAUAAUCUAUUAAACAGAUAUAUAUAUAUAUAUAUAUUUAAUUGUUUGGGNUAUGAAAUACCUGAUUAGUGAUUACAUACAUACAUAUUUAAAGCAUUAAAUGAAGUAAAAUCUUUAGAGGUUUAGAGAUAUCACAGAAAUUGUAUUUAUUGUUAUUUAGUUAUUUUCCAAUAGUUUUCAGAUGAUCCUGAUCAUACUAUUAGCCAAAAAUUCCCCAACAUUAUUUUUUAAUUUUUAUGAUUUUGGUGUUUUUAAAUUAAAAUGUAAAUGUAAGUAGUUAUGUAAUAAAUUUCAAUUGGUAAAUUAUGUAGGAAUUUUAACUUAAAAAGGACAAGGAUAAUUUAAACAUAAAUAUGCAAUACAUCAAAUUCAAAAGUAUUUCAUUCUAAUAGAUAUUUGUAUAAUUUUAGAAUCGUGAAAUAAAUGCUUUGUCAAUCAUUGACAGUCUUUUAGAUAAGAUUGAUAAACAAGAGGAUGCAAAAAAAGAAUCACAAGUUAAUCAAAACCAAAACAUGUAAGUUUUAAAUAAUAUGAUGAGUUUGUAGAACUAUUUAUUUUUAACUUGUUUGUUUUAUUAUAGUAAUGAUAAAACAAAGGAGGAAACCAUGGAAAAAGAAGACAAGAAUAAGGUGAUAUACAAAUAAUAACUAAAUUUUCUUUUUUUCAAUUUUUAUUGGAAUAUUUAUUUUAGAACUUCUAUGUGCAUUUUAAAGACUAAAUUAAUUUGAACAUUAAAUAUUAGUCAUUAAACAAACUAGGAAAUUACGGAAGUCAUUAUCCCUGGUUAUUCAUGAGUUUUCAUUAUUUUUAUCAUUUUUUGCUGGUUAUCUUUCUGUAUGUGUAAACCAAGAAGUAAUUACAACUGUACAUAAAAAAAUGUGUUAUUGCAAAAUAAAUUGUAUUUGAAAUGCAUAACAUAAUCUAUUAAACAGAUAUAUAUAUUUAAUUGUGUGGGAAUGGUAGUUGCAGCUUACUGACUAGGUAUGAAAUACCUGAUUAGUGAUUACAUACAUACAUAUUUAAAGCAUUAAAUGAAGUAAAAUCUUUAGAGGUUUAGAGAUAUCACAGAAAUUGUAUUUAUUGUUAGUUAUUUUCCAAUAGUUUUCAAAUGAUCCUGAUCAUACUAUUAGCCAAAAAUUCCCCAACAUUACUUUUUAAUUUUUAUGAUUUUGGUGUUUUUAAAUUGAAAUGUAAAUAUAAGUAGUUAUGUAAUAAAUUUCAAUUGGUAAAUUAUGUAAACAUUUUAACUUAAAAAGGACAAGGAUAAUUUAAACAUAAAUAUGCAAUACAUCAAAUUCAAAUGUAUUUCAUUCUAAUAGAUAUUUGUAUAAUUUUAGAAUCGUGGCAUAAAUGCUUUGUCAAUCAUUGAUCGUCUUUUAGAUAAGAUUGAUAAACAAGAGGAUGCAAAAAAAAAAUCACAAGUUAAUCAAAACCAAAACAUGUAAGUUUUAAAUAGUGGGAUGAGUUUAUACAACUAUUUGUUUUUAACUUGUUUUAUUAUAGUCCUGUUAAAACAAAGGAAGAGACCAUGGAAAAAGAAGACAAGAAUAAGGUGAUAUACAAAUAAUAUAAUACAAUAUACAUUUGUUUUAGUUUUUGUUCUAGUUAAUUAAUUUAAAUGAAUUUUAAAGACUUUAAAUUUAUUUUAGUAAUAUGUUUCAUCUAUACAAUAAUCAAAAAUUGAAACUCAUUAUUCCCAUCAUUUUUUGUCUGGUUAUCUUUUUACACCAUGUUGUGAGUCAGGAACUAGGUACAUCUGAGUAUAACAAAAUGUAGUUUGUAACAACAAGCUUAGAAUUGCACAAUAUAGUAAAAAAAAUAAAUACAAUCUUCCAAGUAUUCUCCUAUUUAGAUAUUGUUAUUUGUAAUUUAAUUUAAUUUGAAUCUAAAUAUUUUCUAACUGUGACACUAAAAUAGUGUAUUGAAGUCCAAGAGAAAAUUAGAUUUACUUUAAUCUAAUAAAUAACAGUAGUUAUUUUUUAUUUUUUACAUGUGUGUUACUUUCAUUGCAAUGUUGUAUAAAAUGAAAAUAUUUUAAUACUUUAAUUAUGUUAUUUUAUUUGCUUAGAUUAUUGCAAAUGAUUUUUCUGUUGAACAAUAUUCAAAUGCUACUCAAACAAGUACAGAGAUGUAAGUUAAAAAUCAUAUUUUAUUUUGUAAUGUUUUGUAUUAAUUUACUAAACAUUUAUUUUAUUAAUUACAGAAUUAAUCUAGAUAGCUCUGAUGAUGAAAUUACCGAGAAAGUAAUCAAAUUAGUUAUUUAAUCAUUUUAUUUAAUUGCUUAAUAAAUUAAUUCAAUUGUUUUUAGACACCUCCAGUACUUACAAUCAGACAAUCAUUUCAAAAUACUACGGAAGUACCAAAUAUUUUAUCACCACCUAAUGAUAUGUAUGGUUUAUAUAUAUUUCUUUAAACUUUAUAUUGUAAUCUUUUGUUUGAUCAUGAAAUAUCUUUUAUAAUUUAACAAAUUAUUAUUUGUUACAGAAUUGAUUUGACAAAUAACAGUUUUAAUGAUGAACAAAGUAAUGAGGUAAUUACAAUAUAUAGUUUAAUAAUAAAAUACAAUUUUUGAAAGUUAGAUAACUUUCCCAUUACUCUGAUGCAAUUGACACAUAUUAUGAACAUAUCUUGAAUGGUUAUUUAAAUUACAAUUACCUUGAUAUAAUAUGUAUCAACACUUGCUAUAGUAUAAUAUCUCAAAUAAUGUUUUUCCAGAAACAUUGAGGUUUUAAAAACUUGUUUCUAAAUUAAGAAAUUAUAGACAUUUAUUUCUUCAAAACAUCAAAUCUAGAAAUUAUUUAUUGGAUUCUAUUAUACAAAAUUAUGAUUAUAAAAAUUUGAAUACAAAUUAUAUAAAACAAUUAAAAACAGACAUUUUGAAUUUGUUAUGUUCUUUAGUUAAAAUAAAACUGUCCUAGUAUAAUGGGGAUGGGUGUAGCCACUGUUAUAGGUGAGAAAUUAGGGAGGAAAUUGUAUGUAUAUUUAUAAGAAACAAAAAACCAAUGCUAAUGAAAAACGAUUCUGAUUAGAGUUCAGUUAAUAGUGAUACAUUGUCAACAAUUUAUAUGACAUUUUAUAGUAAAAUAAUAAAAUAAAUGUUAAGUAUUAUGUAAAAUGAUAAACACCAUACACUUUUAUAUUAUAUAGUAUACACUAGUUAUGUAUAAGUAUUAACCAUGGGUUAUUAAUUUUGAUGUGCAAAACAUACUUUCUGGAUCACUAUAAUGCUUCUCUCUACUUUAUCAAACUACACUCGGUGUCUUAAUUUUAUGUUUCAUGUGAUGAAAUAUCUGAUAUAUGAUUUAAUCCUCAUGAAAGCCACCAUUAUUUUGUACAAAGGAUCCUAGGUACCUUAAAUUCUCAAAUUUACCUAUUACUAAUUGGGUUAGUUGUCUUGUCCUGUUCUAUCAUACUCAUACAUUGUUUAUUUUUACUUAUCAUUAUUCCCUUUCCUUCAAAUGCUACAUUCCUCAAGCUUUUAUUAGCUUAAUCUAGAUUUUCUACUUUCUAUGCUAUAUAAUCUGCUAACAUCAUCCCACCUAUAGUACCCUAUAAUCUUUUGUAUUUACUUACAUCUGAAAUUGAACAAUUCGCCCAAGCCUUGUUUGACAAAUCAUUAUUUUUAUUAACAUGUUAUAAUUUGAAAAAAAAAUUGUACAAUUUUGUUCAAUUUUGUUUAAGCAUAACAGAUCAAAGUUCAAUGUUAAAACUAUAUUUAAAUAGUAUCUAUUUAUAUUUUAUACAGAUUUCCUAUUGUUUAAUCAUCACUCAACAAUAGAAUAAACUGUUAGGUUGUAUUUCUAGGGACAAAAAUACGUACCAAUUCUGACCAAUUUUUCAUUUCAAAAAUACCUCACCUAAAACUAAUAUAAAUUACUAACACAUUUGUUUCAUUAGGUAACUAAUUCUUAUAAUUAAAUUUAGUCUUUUCCAGAAUCAAACACUUUUCAUAGUUCAUCAGUUGCAGAAGAUCCUCCUGAGAACAAUUUGAUUUUGUAAGUGAGACAUUAAUGUAAUUAUAAAAUAGAUAAAUUAAUGUUAUUGAAAUAACAAAUAUAUUUUAAUGUUGCAGUAUUGAUCUAACAGAUUCUGAAGAAGAAAAUAAUGAGGUAAUUAAUAUGAUUAAACAUUUAAUACAACUGUUAGUAUUUAAUUAUCUCCAAUGAAACCACUUAUUGACUUAAAAGCUUUUUUUAAAAUCUGAAAAGUUAUACAAUAAUUUGAAUUAUAAAUGAAUCAUAUUCAAAAUUUAAAUUUAUCUACUUAAUAGUUUUCAUUUUUUUUUAAAUUAUAGUUUGAUAUCUAAACAUUUUUCAGUUGUCAAUAGGAAAGUUAUGGCUUUAAUAAUAAGUAUUAGGAUUUUUUUUCAAUGAUAAAAUACAAUAAAACAGGGGAAUUAUUAUUUAUAUAUAUAUAUUUAUUUUAAGUUUGAAGUAACAAUGAUAAAUUAGUCAAAAAGUUAAUUAAAAAUAAUAUAUAUCAUAAAAAUUAAUUUAAAUAAUUGUAUUUGCUUUUUUGAGAUUUUGAUUGUAGUAGACUAUUAUCAGUUAUUAGUAUGAAAUAAACCUUAAUACUGGAUCAUGAUUCUUCUUCGUCUUUUCUACUGGCCUUUGGUUUUACUUGCCCUACUACUUACAUUGCUGCAAUACCAUACAGGGUCCACUUCUCCCCGUCCCUUGCUGUUUAUUCUGUUUGCCCAUCUUUGUAUGGGUCUGGAUCUCUUUGUGUUCUGUUUCCACGAGAUUAUUUGUCCAAUUAGUCCUUUUAAUCUCCAUACAUGGCCAGCCUAACUUCUGUUAUUCACAUACUUUUCAAAGUUACAACAAUGUUAAAUUGGUUAUCUAGUUCUUACUGAUUUUUAUUACUUUGUAUAUUCUCCCUUAUUGUUUCUCUUUGGGCUGAUUAUUUUCCUCAUUAUCUUUCUUUUGAAUACUUCUACUUUUUUUUCAUUUGAUUUUGUUGUGGACCAAGUACUGCUUGCAUACAGGGCUACUGGUUUGAUUAAAAUUGUAUAUAAAGUUACUUUUGAUUUUCUUGAUAAAAGCUUUGACUUGAAUAAUAGUAUAAAUCCACAGUAACACCUGUUUGCUGUGAUGAGCCGUCUUUUUACUUCUUAGUGGCUGUUAGCAUUUUUAUUAAUAUCUGCAUUAAGUAUUUAUAACUUCUUACCCUUUUCUGCUGGAUCAUGAUUAUCAAUUAAUACAUAAUUUAUGUCUAAUGGCUAUUGUUGUUAUAUAUUUUUAGUAGUAUUAGCACAUGUUAACCUGUGAUUAGCAAGUUUGUAAUGUGAACAUUGUUUAAUUGUGAUUUGUUGUGAAGCUAUUAUUAAUACACAUAGUAUAUCAGUAAAAAUAGUAGAAUUUUAUUUUAUAUUGUGUGGCUUUGAUACUAAGUUAUGUCUAUGGUAUUAUAAUAAUUUAUGAAUUUUAUGUCGGGUAACUCAUAUCUCCCUACAGGUGUUGUAAAUUAGUAGAUGUACAUGUGCUAUUGUCUUAACCUCUCCACAUUCACAGUUCAAUGCUUCCUUUUUAUAAAUUAUUUUAAAUUUUCAUUUGUCCAACUCCAAUAGUCCAUACAUAAGUGGUUUGAAAAUCUUCCAACUAUCUAUUUUUCAUGUCCCAGGAUAAUGUCUCAUUAACUUGUUGCUUCUUUUACUCCACAGUUUUAAUCUUGUUGUCUGUGGGGUUUUAUUUAGUUUCUUGGUACAUUUUAAAAAGCUAUUCUUUGAUUUAAAACGAGUUUUCGUUAGGAAAGCUGUAUGUUGAGUGUAUUUUAUCCUAUAUCUGCUUUGUUCAGUUUUGCUAGUGAUUUGUCUUUGGGUGUGCUACUCCUGCUAGAGCGUAAAAUUUGUUGAUUAGUGUUAGUUUUAAGCAACCUAUCAUAAUGUGAAAGUUACAUUUAGUACAUUAUUAAUAUUCUUAGUAUGUAGAUUUUUUGAUUUUACUAAAUUAUUAGAAAAUCUACAAGAAAAAUGAAAACGACUUUCUUAUUAAUCAAUUAAAUUAAAAAUGCAAUGAAAUAAGGUCACUUGUUGUUUUCUAUUGGACCAAUAUUUCUAGUAAUAAAAAAUAAGCAGUACAUUUUUUGUUAGCAAUAGUUAAAAGUUUCUUACAGAUAUACAUCAAAUUUCCCUCUACAUUCCCAACUUCUCAUCUAAAACAGUGGCCCACCCAUCAUGUAAAGUAUAUUAGUGUCUUUUUCAUGUAUUGAUUUAAUUCUUAUUAAAAUUAAAUUACAUAGAGUUUUUGAUUAUUACACACUUUUGAAAUAUUUCUAUUUUUUAUUUUUAGAAUUAAUCUUUGAAAUUGCAAAAACCCAUAAAUGACCUGAGGCAAAUUAUUACUAAAAUGGCUCUACCGUACAAUUUGUAAGAUUUUGGUUAUUGUGUUCUAUGUUUGAUUUACAGCGAUGAUUUUUUGUGCUGUGAUUAAUUGACAUUGUCCUUUUUGGAUAGAAUCCAUUUCUACAGUCACCUUUUUUUUUCAUAGUGAGAUAUAUUUGAGUUUUUAAGUGAUAGCAGGACAUAGCUCAAAACUGAUGUAUAACUGAUAAUUGGUUUUCAUCUAUCCACUUGUACUUCAUUAUUAUCCCCACUGGGAUAUGAAAUAAAUGAUUACUAUUUUUACUGUUGAUCUAUUGAAAUUAGUAACAACAUCCUACAGGCAACAUUUAACGCCUAUAUUUGAUUUUAAAUAAUGGUAUUAAAAAAAAAGAAGAAGAAUAAAAUUGUACAUGUAUGAAAAAGGUGUUUUCGUGAAAUGAAUUUCAAAAUAAUAUUAGUAUUUUAUUGCUUAUGCAUAUUUUUUUAUAAUUAUUAUUAAUUUACUAGUUGAUGUCCAAAGAGGGUUCUCAAUCAGACAACUCAGAUGGGAAACAUAAUACCACUGAAAAAUGCAUUCCAGUGAAUACAGAUAUGUAGGUAUUAUUAUAAAUUUAUGGGGUUAUUUUAAAUAACAAAUAUAUUUUUAUUGUUACAGAAUUAAACCCAAAAAGGAUGAGAAAAAAUCUGUCAAUAUAAAGUUAUAUAAGGUUAAUAAUAGGUUUAUUAUAAUUAUUGUUUUUUUCCUUAAUAAGUAAUUAUUAUUACUAUUAUUAUUUUGUUUUUUAUUAGUCUUCAUCUUCAAAGAAUACAUGGUUAACGAGUAAACAGUCUAAUGAAGAUAUUCAAACUCUUCAGAUUUCAUCAGAUUCUUCAAGUUCUAUCGCAGACAAUAUGUAAUUAUCAAAUGUGAUUAAAAACAUUAAGGUUAAACACACAUGAACCACCACACUAUGAUCAAGCAAUAAAUAAUAUGAUAAACAAAAUCAUACUUAUAGGACCAUUUUAUAACAUCAGUUCCCUUGUUGACAGUAUUAUCUAUAAAAUUAUAGUCGCCAAUGGUUAAGCUGUGCACUUAUGCUGCAACACACCAACCAUUUUUUCUAAAUAUAGAAUAUGCUUCAUAUUUGAAAGUUAUUAUAGUUCUAUACUUAUCAGUUUAGACUUUUAGCUAUCACAAAAAAGUGGUUCAAAAGUGCAUUAUAACUAUAAAAAAAAAAAAUUGAGUAGUCUCAGUCUAUUCCUAUCUUGAACUAAUUUUUAGAUUCUAGAAUGUAUUAAUUAUAUAAUGAUGUUUAUUUAUAUUUUUAUGCUGUACAAAAAUUCUAUCAAUUAGGUCUUGCUCCAAAGUGUCAAGUAUAGCUCCUUUUCUAAAAGAGAAUUUUCCUGGGGUGGUAUGUUAUUUUUUGAUUUUUCCCAAUAAAUGAGAAAAAUAAGAAAAUGUACAAAUGUAUUAUUUAAAAAUCUUAAAUAUUACAGCAUGUUUUUUCUGUUAACAAUUUUUAUACUAGAAAUAAUGCUCAGAUGUAACACUUUUUCUAAAAAAGAAUUUUCCUGGGAUAGUACUUUAAGGAGGUCAUUUUUAUUUUCCUAAAGGUUUUCAUCAGCAAUGAUUAAUCGAUGCGUAUAGAUAUGCAUUAAAUUCUCUAUAUCCAACCUUCCUAAUUUCUCACUUACAAUAGUAGUCCACCCAUUAAUGAAAAAUAUGUCUUUUCUCUUGUAUCUUGUUUUAUAAGGCACAUUAGAUUUUUCUGUGUGAAUUUGUAUAUUCACCUUUGUUUUGGCCCAUUCUUAUCUCACUCAUGUAAUUGUUUUGGUCUCGGUGCUCUAUAUCCUAUAUCUGGUUUCAUGUAUACUUGCUGUAAUCUUACAUUACUAUUUGGUUAAAAUUGAUGAAUGGAUUGAUUUAUGUUACAGGGAUAAUAAUUCAGAGUCAGAAACCGAUGAUGAUAAUAAUGAGGUAAUAUUAAAAAAAUACAUAAUUGAUUAGUUUAUACAUACAAAAAGAAAAAAGUUAUUAAUUAUUAUUUGUAUUUUAUUAGAUAUCUCUCAACUCUCCACAAGACACAGAUGAAAAAGAUAAUGAUGCUGUAGCAGAUACCGAAAGUGAUGUAACAGAUUCAGAUAAUAAUGAUGAUAAUGAUAAUCAAAAUGAAACUGACUCUCAAAGUGUUACAAUGGACAACAAUGUGUAGGUGUAUCUAGGGUUCUAAUUCUUCUUUAAAAUUUUACCCACAAAAAAAAAUGAAUCAAUUUACUAUCAUUAUAAAAAUACUAGAGGUGUUAUGAAUUCUGAUUUUUAAGGUCAAAUUUAACUGAACUUACCUUAAAGUUAACGAAUCCGAACGGAAUCUACACAUUUUUAUUCGAACCCAUACAAUAAAAAAGAUUAGGUUAGGUCAAAAACCUAGGUUCUCAAACUGCUUAGCUACCGAUUUGCAAUUAUGAGACCAUUAUUAUGAAAAAAUAAUUUUUCUUUUUCGUAACAAAACCACUCUGUUCCACCAUGGAACAUUGUAUUGAUGUCGGUAUUAUAUAUUGGUAUUAAAUGAUUUUCAAAUCGAAUACCUCCAAUUUGGUUAGGUUCGGUUUAAAACAUUUAUCACAUCUCUAAAAAAAUACCUAUACAAAAUAAAACACAGGGUGAAACCACCCUGUUUCCACUUGUUUUUCUAGAGGAAUUAAUAUUAUUUUUUUAAGAAAAAUCUGCUUCAAUCUGCUUUUAUUUAAGUGGAUAUAAGGGGAACCCCUUUUUAGAGAAAAAUUCAAUUUUUAUUUUCAAUCCUUAAUUUCAAAAUAUUAACAACUUGACUAAUUUUUUAAAAAUGAUGGAAAUAACCUGUCAUAUCUGAUAAAUAAUUUCAGUUUUUCAAUUAGUAACAGCAAGUUAAAUUUCUAGAGAAAAUGUGUGAAAAAUAAAAUACUGCGUGUAGGGAAUUAUAUGAAUUACAUAAAUUUAAAAAGUUUUUAAUAAAAAAACUAUUGAUCAAAUACGUGUAUGAUAGAUUCAAUAACAUAGUUUAGAAUAAUAUCUUUUACAAAAUGAUUAUUUUGAAAAUGUUUUAAAGUGAAUAUAUUAAUAAACUUUUUAUCUGACUUGAGUAUAAUAAUAAAAAUUUAAUUUUUCUCUAAACUGAUGUCCCCCCAGCCUCAAAAAAAAAACAGUAUAUUUAAAAAAAAUUAAUAAUAACAGUUUUUAAAAAGUCUGUUUAUGUUACAGGCUAAUGUAAUGUGCACAUUACUGAGGCAAUUUGAAUUAUGAAUAUAAAUAAAGUAAUUUUAAUUUGUUUUUAUUCAUUUUUAAUGUUUAUCUAUUUUUGUUAUAAAUAUUUUUAAACAAUUAUAUAACUAAUUAAAGUUAUUAUUACAAACAAACCCUGUCUGUUUUAAUACAGUAUAAAUGUAUUAUAUCAAUUAGCUAGUUAUAUUGGAGUUUAAAAGUAUAAUAGUUAAGUUGAUAAAAUGAGUUAGUCAACAGUACUUAUUACUUAUUAACCAGUAGUGUUUCUGUGCAUUAAAAUACAGAAAGAAGAAGGAAUAAUAAAUAUUGCAAAAAAAAAAAAUAAUUAUUAACUUAUUUAUAUGCAUGGUUCAAAUUGCUGUGAAUUCCACAUUACCAAUUCAGAUAUUACAAAUAUGUUACAUAUUAAAAAAAAACUGGAAUAUUUUUUUUCCAUCAUUAUAUGAAUUAUUAAUGUUAGCUAUUAAACUCAAUAAUAAUUAAAAAAAAUAUAUAUAUAUCCAUAGUAAUUAAAUAUUGAUUAUUUUGAAAAGUUAUAAAAUUACAGUUUUUAGACUGAUUAUAAUGAAGAAUGUAUUGCUUUUGUAUAUACUCUAUUCCAAAUAAGUCUGGAACAAAUUGUACAGGUAGGUGCACUCUAAUUGGCAACAGUUAUCGGUUUUUGUAUAAGAAUGGUUAUAAUAACAAUGGUUUGAGAAUAAUGUAUAUAAUAUAUACUAUAUAUAUAUACUGAUUUAUUUGGAAUAGAGUAUAAAUAUGUAUUUUCGUAAUUUAAAAUUUUAUUUUUUUCUAAUUAUAAACAAGUUUUCUUCUAGAGAUUAUUUCUAUUUAAUGACAAAAGCUUUUUGUAAGAAUUUUUAUUAUGUUGAUAUAUUAAGGAUGUAAUUUUUUAUUUUAUAUUAUAAGUAAUUAAAGAACACAAAUAGAAAAAUAUAGGAAAACUCAACAAAUAUAGUGCAAUACAAUUUUCAUUAUUUUGAAGGUCUCUAACUUUUCAGAAAGUAUGUCUUGACCAUAUUCAAAUGAAAACUAAAAACCUAACACCUUAUUUUAAUUAACAAAUUUUUCCAAAGUAUUAUGUAAAAAAUUGUUUUGUCUAAUUAAGUAAUCCGUUAUUAAAUUUUAAUAAACGGAAUCGAAUUUAACAUAAAAUAAUUCCAAAUUUGAAAGGUUUAAUAAUUAAUUAUAAUAUUUUAAUUAAAUAUAAAAAUAAUGAAAUUAUACCUACUAAUACCUACUAAUGCAAAAAUAAAAAUGGCCUGUUUUUUUUUUAAGACAACAUUAUCAAUAAAUUCAGUCUGUCUAUCUAAUAUAAUAUGUUGUAUAAUACACAUAUCACAAAACUUCAGGCAACGACAUUCGUUUAUUUAUUUAUUUUCUAUUUUAGAUUUUGAGUGGAGUGAAGAAGCUUUUGGUUUCACUAAGAUGUUUAUUUUUUUUUUUAUCUAUUAGCAAGUUUUCUACCAGACAAAUUGCUCCAAUUUUUACAUUUAACAUAAAGGCUUGAGAAUUUGAUUCAUUAUAAGUAGAGGGGGUUUUGUAUGCAUUUACGUAAAUACGUAAAUGAUUGAUCGUAUGACAUACUAAGUGAUCACAAAAUGUGUUUUAUAACACAACAUUUUAAAAAAUUUAAUUUUUUUGGAGCAUAUUUCCCCAUUUUUAUUUUUAUUUAUUUUAAGGGCUUAUUUUACAAUUUUAAUUUGGUACAUUUGUUUUUUUACCUUUUUAAAAUAUAUAUUAUUGUAAUAUGAGAAAAAAUUUUAUAUUUUAUUAGUAUGGAUUAAUAUCAUCUUAGAUCAAUAAUUGGUGAAAUAGUUAUACCAAGAUAAGAAAAUAUUGAUUAUGACCAUUGACAUUAUUUCAGUUACAAUAUUUGCUGUGCAUUUGUGUGUGCUUUCUGUAAUUCCCGGUUUUAAUCCUUUAUUUUUAUCAAAAUGCCGAAAGUGCUUAUACAUUAAAACUACCUACAAAAUGAAGAAAAGUAUUUAUAGCAGGGUUCUAUAAUUUUAAAUGUAUUGUUUAAAUUAAAUGCUUAAAAGGAUUCAUGGAUUGCUUGCAAGGAAGAAUGUGAAAUUUCUUAAAAACUAUUGGACAUGGUUUUCACUCAACCCUUAAGUCUAUAAAGAGAAUAACCAGAAGUAUAAUUUAUGUAUAAAUAUAUAAUAUACAGGUGUCCCAAAAUAAUCUGCCACUUGAAAUUAAUUUGUUUUAUUCAAUAUUUAUAAUAUAUAUUUAAAUAAUUAGUAUACAUCUAAACUACAGUUAAUAUUUACAAUUUAUUUAUUAAUUUUUUUUUUUUUUUUUGGGUGAAUAAACUUCAAAUAUAAAAUUUAAAAUUGUUCAAUAAUUCUUUUUAAAAAAAAUUUAAAAUAAUAAUUUUUAAAAUUUGUUUUUAAAAAGUUGUUGGAGUUAGAAACUUAGGUAUGGUCUUUUAUUUUAUACAAUUAAUUGAAAUUUGCAUGUAUGUGAAUAUUAUUUUGGUUUAUAAUUUAUUAUAAAAUUUAAUCAGUAGCUAUGACUAUUUUGAAUUUUUAUUUUAAGUUCCUCUCUUUAAAUUUUUUUAAAAAUAUUUUAUCUGUAGUGCAGAGCCAUACUAAUUAUUAAAAUAAUACAUAUAUUAAAAAUAAUAAAAGAAUAGAACAAAAGUCAUUUAAGUGGCAGAUGGUUGUGGACACUGGCCUAUAUAGACUACGUAUUAGAGAAAUAUUAUAUUGAAUCUAGAUAAGAAUCUUAGUUGGUGUGACAAAUAUUCGUUGUUGAUAGUCAUAUCUAUUCAAGCCCAUUCUUUCUCUUGCUUAGUCAACCACCUGUUCCUCAGGUAGAACACGAUUCUGUACGUUUUGUACCUAAUAUUUUAGUGUAUUGUUAACAGAGCUUAUUCUAAAGUAGAUUUGGGCAUCUUUUGCGUAAGUGAAAAUGAGCACUUGAUAAUCAAUUUUCGUGUAAUUAAUUUUUUUUUUUAAAAUGUAUUCAUCGUGAUUGCAUAGGUACACAAUAAAUUUCAAGUUAAUUGUACAAUGUGCAUUUAUGCUAUAGUUGGCUAUCCAUGAUGGACCAAUAUUCACUCUAGGACAGUAGUGUCGAAUCGUUAGUAAAGGUCACUCUCACACAUACAAUAUUGAUAAUAGAAUACAAUUGACUUUUAAUGAAGUGUAUAUUCAAUAUUAUAAUACUUCGUAAUACUUAAUAAUAAAAUUGAAAUAAAAAAUGAAAAUAGGUUUCAUCAAACCUAUUUUCAAUAAAUGUGUUGAAAAAAGAUUUAAAAUCAUUUGUUUUAUUGAUUAGAAUUUAAUAUGAUUUAUCUAAAACUUUCAAGACAAUUAAAAUAUUUAAUAUCCAUUUUCAAAAAAAAAAAAAGUUAAACAUUUAUCUAUAUUUUAUAUUAUAUAUUUCGGAUGAUAACUCUUUUAUAACUGGUGGGUCUAAUCAACUGCGAAUAAACAUACCCAGAAAUUCUUGAAAGUAAUGUUUUUAUUAUUUUAAAAUUUUGUUAUUUGUUGUAAUUUAGUUAAAAAUAUUUAUAGACACCAGAAAUUUGGAGAAAAAACUUAUGUUUGCCUUUUCUAGACAUUGUCAAAUUUUCAAAAACCAUUUUUAAGCUAUUUAUAAAAAUAUUAAUUUUGAGAGUUUCGUAUGUAAUUUUUAUUUGGUAGAUACUCUUUGGUAAAAAUAUUAGAUUUUACAGGAGGUCCAUUAAGAGUCUUACCUUGUGGUAAAAAGAAAUUUGAGUUUAAUAUAGUUUUUUUUUUUUAUAAGAGAAUUUUAAUAUCAAUUUUUGACAAAAAUCGUUUAAUAUAAUUUUUCAAUGUUUUUUUUUUUUCUUUUUUUUUUCUGAACUUAUAUAUAUUGCUGAUUUAAGAAAGAUGGUGAAGUCAGAAUUGAGCUGACACUAAGUUUGGAAAUUAUAGCAUUUUGAAGUUCUGUUAUUAUGUGGAUAUUGUAUGUUAUGUUAAAUAACUCUAUAUUGUAUCUCUUAAUAUUUGAUGUGAUCUAUUGGUUAUACAUGUCUAUAUCCUAAGGGCUUGAGUUCAAUCCUUGUUUUUGAACAAAAUUGUUUGCAUUUUUCCCCCCCUUUCACCUAAACAAGAAAAAACAAUGCAUUUUGGGUGUACCUAAAGACCCAAACUAUCACUUGCUCAGACUAUUUUAACCCCUGAAAGAAGACCCUUUGAUUUUAUGUGCAAACUUUUUUAUUAGAUCAUUAUAUUUUUCAUGUUACAGAAAUGAUGACACAGACUUUGAAAACAAUGAAAAUGAUAGUGUUAAGGUAAUUAAAAAAAUUCCAGUGUUGGACAAAAAAAACCCACAGUGAUUAUUCUUCAUAAGAAUUAAAUAUGUAAAAUAUAGUUUAUAAAACAAUAAUUAUGUAAAUUCUUUAAUAUUUAUGGCAUAAAAAUAUAUAAUAUAAUUUUAACAGAGCUGCAAUUUAAUAUUAAUACUAUUUCACUUGCAGAAUUUUUCUUUCAUCAAUUUUAAUCAUAUUAAUAUUAUUUAUUUUUAACUCUUAUGUAUGUGGCAAUUAUAUGUCAUAACAUAUUGUGAUUUAAAAAAAUUAUAGGUUACUUAUUGUAUUAUAUAGAAGUUUAAACAUAUACUUUCAUAAUUAAUGGUCAUUCAUACAUUUUUUUUUUCCAACACUGACAGCAUUUAAUAAAUGUCAUAAAAUCAUGCCAAGAAAAAAAAAGUGAAAUGAUUCAUUAAUAAAGAUUAUUUUUUUAUUUUAUUAUUUUAUUAGUCUUUUGGUGAUUCAGACAGCAAUAAUACAAUAGAGAAUGAUGUGUAAGUAUUGGAAUAUUUAUGUAAAGUUUAAACAAUAAGUGUGUAAUUUUAAAUAAAUUUAUUCCAAAAGUGAUAAUAUGGAGUCCCAAUGCAGUGAUAAUAAUAUUGAGGUAAUUUAAAAUUAAUAUUAGAGUCUACUACUUCAGAGCUUAUUAUAAAGCCUUGGUACAAAUAGUAAUGUUUUAUUAAUUGCUUUUGUGUAUAUAAGGAUUCUUCUGGCUCAGAAAUCUUUACUUUACCAAGAGAUGACCUUAAUGACUGUGAAUGUGAUGAUGAUAUUAACUCUGACAUGGACUCUGACCUCGACAGUGUAAUCAGAGAAACUUGUAAUGAACUUAGAAAUGCAAAGAAUUAUGACAGUUCUGAUAAUGAGGAUGAAGUAAUUAAUAAUUUAUAUUUUGAUACUUUACAAAUUCUAUUAUUCCAUUAAUACUCAUAACUAAUAAUUGCAUUAUUCUUAUUACUUGUAUUAAAUUUUAUUAGAAUAUUUUUGAUGAAGAUUCGGAUGGAGAUAGUUCCCCUGAUGAUGGCUCUCAAAGUUCAUUUGACAGAAAACUUGUGUAAGUUUUAAACUAUUAUUUUCAUUUAAUUUUAAGAAAUUAUUUGCUUAAAAUGUCUGAUUGCCAUGAAAAUGGCCCACCUAUUUUCUCUCAAAUCAAUCUAACCCAUAUCAACAUUCAGCAAGUAACUAGCAAGUUAGAUUUUAAAUUUUGCAAGUUAUUAUUUUCAAGUAAAGAACAAAAAUAAAGAAAGGUCAGUCAACUUCAUGUUGCCCAUCUUUUAUUUACACUUUAAAUUUGCAAGUCCAUAAAAACAAAUGUGCAAGUUUACAUUACACCUGUGUGGAUUUUUCAAGUUUGGUGGCCCAGCCCACCUUUUUUUUACCCACUAUUUGAACUAAUGAAAAUAGAUACAUCUGUAUUUUAUUAUACUCUUAGGUAUUUCUAUUGAACUUAUAAUAACAAUUGAAAAAGUUACCACCAACUCGGUCAGAAUAUUUUGUUUACCAAUAACAAUUAAAAAAAGUAUAUAUUUUUUUAUACAGGCUGUCCAACAAAGAUAUACCCCUUAAAUAUCUUCAGAGGUAAUAAAAAUAAACAAAUUAUUUUUAUAUAUAUAUAUAUAACUCACGGGGAAUAGGAUUACAAAUAUUUAUAUUUAAAUUUAUUUUUUUUUUUUAAUAAAAAAAAUAAAAACAGAAUCUAUUUAUCUUUAUUAUCUUCUGAGAUAUUCAAAGGGUAUAUCUUUAUAUACAGGACAACCUGUUGUAUAUAAUAUUAAUUUUUCAAAUAAAUUAUGAAUUAAAUUUUGUGGCAUCAAUAAUUGUGUUAUUUUUAAUAAAACAUUUUUAUGUUACAGGCUGAAUACUAACAGUAGUGAUGAUUUUGAGGUAGUUAAAAAAAUUAUGUUAGUACCUUACAACAAAUUAUGUAAUUUCAUUAAUUGUUGUUUUUAUUUUUCAAUACUUUAUUAGUCUUCUUCUGAAGAGGACUCUGAUUCAGAUAGUCUACCAAGGGAUGAUGGAAAGACAACUAAUGACAAGGGGUAUGUAAUAAAAUGUUUAAGCAAAGUUUUGUUUAAUUAAAACAAUUACUGUUUUCAUGUUACAGAAGGUGUCAUAAUUCAGAUGAUUCCAAUGAUAUUAUGAAGGAGGUAAUUUAUUUAAAUAUUUUAGUAUUAAUACUUUUUGAUAUAAUUAUUUAUUGUGGUUUUUAAACAUUUUUCAGCUUUCUUCUGGGGAAGAAUUUGAAGCACUUUAUUGUACUCAACAAGUUGAAUCAGAUUCUGAAAAUACAGCAGACAGUAAUGUGUGAGUAUUGGAAUAUUUUAUUGAAGUUUAAUUAACUAUUGUGUUAUUUUAUUUUAAUAAAUAAAUUUUUAUUUUACAGAAAUGAUGAUAUGGAAUCUCAAAACAAUGAUGAUAGGAUUGAGGUAGUUUAAAAUUAAUAUUUUAGUGUCCUAGUGCAAAUAAUGUUUUUCGUAUUAAUAAAUAAUUGUGAUUGUUCAAAAAUGUAUUAUUAGAUUUUGCAUAAAGACACCUCUGAACCAGACAGUGAACUUAAAACUGAUGAUGAACUUAUUGAAACUAGUCAAAUAAACUCUCAAAGUACACUGAAAAACAAUUCGUAAGUGAUAAACAUUUCUGUGAGGGGAGCAAUAAUUGUGUUAUUUUUAUUUUAAGCAUAAGAAGAAUUUUUGAGUUUUGCUAAUAUGUGUUUUUUUCCUGUAUGUAAAAUCUUUUUUACUGACCAUCAUGUUUUGAAUUUUCUCUACUUACUUUAUUGACUUUUCCAAGGUUUUUUUAAUAAUUGAAAAAAGAAACGAGAAUGUUUGUAGAAAAUGUUUUCAUUGUUUUUCAUUUUGUGUUUUAGUUGUAAUUCUGUUAUAAAUAAUUUUGGAGAGCUGGAAUUGUCAGAGAAUAUUUUUAUUAACCCCUCCUAAAGGUAGCCAAACAUUUGGCUAUUUUUAAGUCAAUAUUUUUUAAUGAAAUGAUUAGACAAUUUAACAAAAAAUUAUCAUAAGUAAAGUUAUACUUAAUUCUCAAAAAAAUUGUUUAAUAUAAUGUAGACAGUUUUUUAUUUUAAGUGUUUUAAACAGUGUUGAUAAUAUAUCUUAUUAAAAAAUAAUUAUAAUAAAAUUUUGUCUGGAGUAUAUCAUAACACUCAGUAUAUUUAUUGGUACAGCCAAUAGAGUAGCAUUAACUGUAUCGGUCCAAAUACCUAGUAACAUACAAAAACAAUGCUUAUCCAAAACAAAUAAAAGUGCCUAUUAUAAAAUGUAUAGAAAACAAUAUUUUGGAGGGAAUGUUAUUGGUGUUUUUUGAAUUAUGAACUCUUAAAAAAGUUACAAGUAUUUAAAAAAUAAAAAAAUAAAUGUUAUUGUGUUUUUUAUAUUGAGCUGUAUAUUUUGAAUAAUAUAAAAACCAUAUGACGUUCCCUCCAAAAUAUUGUUUUCUAUAAAUUUUGUAAUUACUUUAGGUACUUUUACUCAAAAAUAAAAAUAAAGCUAGAUUUACUUAUUCUAUGUAAGCAUUGUUUAUGUGUGUUGCCCUGUAGUUGGACUAAGACAAUAGAUGGUGUCCUCUUAAAAAAACAAUGUUAUCAUUUAUAUUUUUCAAAACAUUCUGGCAUUAUUGAGCUAUUUAUAGCAAUUUGAAAUUUUGUUUUAGUUUUAUUUUGAUUUAUGUAAAUACAAUUUUUUUGGUUUUUUAAAAAAUUAAAUUACAUUUAAAUAACCUAACUUCUAUACUUGUCAUCAAUUCUAUUCACAACAGUGGACAUACAUUCUACAUUCGAAAUCCUGUACAAAGAGCAUAGAUAAUGUACAAAAUACUUGCAAUAGUGUACUAGUUUUUUUUAUUCUGAAUUUACCUAAAAAUGUAUUGAAUUUACAUAGUUACAUCAUAGUUUUUUUUUGUAUGUAAACAAUAUUUGACUAUUUGAAAUAUGACCCUUAUGUAUAGCAUUUUUUCUAGUAGUGCAUUAAGACGUCUUUAUAUUUCUUUGUAGUUUUCUAAAUAGUUAAAAAAAAAAAAAAUGGAAAUAUUUUUUAAUUUGGUUAAAAUUAAUCAUUAAAACUGAUAUAUUUAUAGAAUCAUAUUUGACCUUUGUAGAUAUACAUUUUUACAACAUUCUAGCAAUUAUUGAACCUUAUUAGUUUUAUUAAUUUGUUUGUGGUUACAGAAAUAAUAACACCCAUGUGCGCAAUACUAGCGAGGUAAUUUAAAUUAUUAUUUUAUUUUAUUUUUUCAAACAAAUAAGUUUUAUAUGUAUAUAAUAAUUCUUUUGUGUGUUAUCAGAUUAAUUCUGUAGAGAUAGAACCAGACAGUUCAUUCCAAACAAGUGGCAAAAUCAAUUUAUAUAAUAAAACAUACUCUCCGACAUGCAUAGGUAGAAAUAUGUAAGUAUAAUAUGUUUAUUAUAUUAUGCACAAAUUUAAUUUUAUAAUGAUAUUGGAGGGAAUGUCUUACACAGAGAUGUACAAAGUUAUAUAUACAACACUGGAAUAUUGAGAUUGCACUCUGUAUGUAAACAUUAUUUUAGAAUCUGCUGUGCUACUAGUGUUAACUAUGGGAUGGGGUAAACUUUAAUUAAAAUUUUCAAAACAUUUGAGCUCUCUUUGAGAUAUUUAUAGGCAUUUAAAUUUUGUGGGUUUUUUUACAUCAUUUUUAUAUAGUGGGUACUUUCUAUAAAUAAAAUGUUUAAGACUUAAUAUAAAUUGUUGAGCAUAUGACAGAAGGUUCAUUUUAAAUCAUACUUAUUUGUCAAAAAAUAAAUUAAAUGUAAUGUAGUAAUUUUUUUUUAUACAUAAGGAUUUUAACAUCAAAUCUCCACAAAAGUCAUAAAUAUUACUGACUUUUAAAACAUUUUUAGCAUGUAUAACUGAACUUGGCUUCCAAAUGUGAGAUUAUAGAUAACCAAAAUUAUAGUCUAUCAUUACAAUAACAAUUUUGUGUAAUUAUCAGUUGUACCUACUAUUAUAUAAUAAAUUUAUUUUAUAAUAUAUCAUACAAUUAAAUUGUAUGAAUUUGUGUAUAGUGUACCUACCUAAUCAAUAACUAUAAUAUUUUAAAUAAACAAAUUCUUUUGUUACAGGAUUGAUAAUAUAGUGACUGAACAGCAAGCUGACAGUAGUAGUGGGGUAAUUAAAAUUACUAUUUUAUUGUAAAUACUAUUUUAAAUAUUCAUUAAUAUAUUCUAUUGUAGCCUCAUAUUGAAGACUGGAUUCCAGAAGACUGUGAACAAAUAUCCACUAUCAAAAAUCUGUGAGUAUUAAACAUUUUUCAGUUUUACUUUUAUGUAAUAUUCAUAAAAAAAUGUCAGAUUACUUGAAUAGUAUUCUAGAAUUAUAUUUCAUAUAAUACUUAUAGUUCAUAAAAUAGUGAAUAAUAAUAAUAAUGUCUAUACAUUUUUUUUUAUGUAAUCAAGAGUUUUAUAUACCACUUUGUAAAGGUAUUUUUAUAGUAUAUUUUAAUCAGUAAUAUUUGUGUGAAAAUAUUAUGUAUUAUACAUUAUUUUUAGUUUUUUCUAAAAAAUCUUAUUUUUGCAUAUUUUAUUGGUCUUGUUGUAAUUUAGGCUGCCAUAAUUAAAAACAAAAGAAAAUAGAUAAGUACUUGUGUACAUUUGUCUAUAUUGAAAUCAUUUACAUUUAUAAUGCAAUGCAAAAAUCAUAGAUCAGAUUGAAAAUGUAUAAUAUAUAUAUCAACUUCCCCAAUGAAAAGGUACUCAAAUUUUAUCAAUUUUUCAUUUUUAAUGAAAUUCGAUAACAAUAUUUUUUUCUUUAUCUACCUUGAAGACGGCAGUAACUUAAUUACUCUAGAGAGGUUAAAAAUCAAAAUAAUAAAAUAUCACUGAAUCAGUCAUUUCAAUUAAGACGUAGUCACAGAUUUUUGUCAUAUUUGAUAAUUAUAUACCUAGUUAUGUAUUCUGUGUAAAAACUACAUUUGUCAGACUCAUAUUUAAUACAAAUAUUUACUACAAGAAACUAGAUUAACUGCAAAAACUACACAAGUCAUUGUUUGUCCUUUUUCUUUUGUAUAUUGAUUAAUAUUAAGCUUCAUUCCAAAACGUUCAUAUAUUAAUAUUUUGGUCAAAUUAAGUUUUUGUUUUAUUUUAAAAAAAUAUUUCAGUUUGUGUAACAAUAUUAAUAACAUUUCUGUGUUUAACUAUUUAAUUUUAUUUAUUGACUUAGAUUUUAUAUUAUACAUUUCUAUUCUCUGCGAAAAGAAUGUGAAUCAAAUAUGUUUUAUCUCAACAUAAAGCAUUUUUUAAAUGUUAGACUAUUUAAAACUGUGGAUUAUGAAUAUCAGAAACUUUAAAAAUAAAUUAGUACAUAGGUGUAAGUGCAAAAAAAGUUGAAUUUCUGGAGUAAUUAGGUUUUUUUUGUAAAAUUUUAAAUUAACAACUUUUGUGUUUUUUGAAAGACUGAUUCAACCAUAAUGUUUUUGGAAGGGGGUGUAAAUCUAGUUACUUCUAUUUUGAACUCAACAUUCCCCCCUCGAGAAAAUAGAACUAAGUCAUUUUUGUAUACAAUAGUUUUAAUGAUAUUGACAAUAAUAAUGAUUUUUCCCAUGAAAAAAAAGUAACUCAAGUUUAUUCUUCGCCAUAAAACACUUCCUGUGGAAUUUAAACAAAAAAUUACAGUGAUAUUAUUAUAUUCAAUCAAACACCAAAGGUACAAAUUAAAAUCUUUAAGAAAACAUUUAAAAAAUUAUUAUAAUUUAAGUAAAACCUUAUAAUCAUUCUGCCGAAAAAUUAUAAAUUUAGAGUUGUAUAUAUAAUAAGUAAAUUAAAUAAUUAUUUAUAAUUAUAUCUAAUACAUUUACAUUAUCUGUAGUAAUUAUUGUUUACUUCUCUGGUAUUAUAAGUGAUGAAUUUAUAUAUUUCAAUGCAUUGAGUUAAAUUAACAAAUACAUUUUUCCAUGUUGCUUAUUUUGUUACAGAUCUGAUGUAACUCAUACAGACACCAAUUAUGACCAACAUAAACAGGUGAGUAAUAAAUGUGAACUAACAGUAAAUAAAAUUUCAAUUAAAUUGCAAAUUUAUAUGUACAUAUCAGCAUCACACCAGUCUAUUUUGAAUACCAAUUAUGAUAAAUUACAUGUACAAUAGUAAGAAUAAAGUUAAUUGUAAGGACAAAAAUAACCAGAAAUACAUAUAAAAUCUAAAAACUAUUAAGUGCUUCACUAUUAUAGUGUUCUACACUUUUCUCUGCUUGUUUUAAUUUUAGAUUCUGAUUGUAUUAUUUUUGCAAUGGUAAAAUUUAUUUCUUUUCCUGUGACCAACUUUUCUACCAGAAAUUUUCUUCCAGUUUUCAAGUGUAACACUUCUUGAAAAGAAAUCUGAAAAGGGGUAGUAUUUUUAGAGGGCCAUUAUUUAAUUUUUCAAAGUUUUUAAUAAUAAAUGGGAAAACUGGGGAAAUUUAUAAAAUGUAUUAUGUAUAAACAAAUUCUUCUCAGAAUCGUUUUUUGUUAGCAAUGAUAAAAAUUUUUGUCACAUUAAAUUUUCCUUCUACCUUCCCAACUUCUUACCUACAACAGUGGCUCAUACAUUGUACAAAGUAUGUCCGUUUUUCUUUGCCAUGUCACCUCCUAAAUCUGUAUGUUAUACAUAUGUUUCACUGUUCUGUAAACAACAACAAAAAAAAAAACAGAAAUCAAAUUCAAGGUCAUGCAUUUGAAAUUUUAUUACUUUUAAAAUUGAACACAUGGUAUUUGAUUUUUAAGUAUAGUUUUGUUAUUUAUAGGUUAUUGAACUGAUAAAGCUGGUAAUUUUAGCUGUGUCAUAAUGCAUAAAUAAAUAAAUAAAUUGGACAACACAUUUUAAUUUUAAGUUUGUUAGACUUGCUGUUGUUUUACAUUUCAACUUUUUUAGGUUUUUCCUGGUACAGAUGAAUCAAAACCUGUUUAUGGUGUACAAUGUUCCUUGACAAACUGCAUUACCAAAAUCUAUGAUGAAAAUAACUCUAUACCAACAUGCUAUUUCCGGUUCCCCAGUGAUUUUGUUAGGUAAGAAAUAUUUGUUCCAAAUAUAAUCAAAUUCGUUUUAUAUUUAGAAUGUUUUAGGAAUUAUUAUGUUUUAUCUUAAUAAUAAUAACUUAUACCUUUUUUAGAUUUUAACUCAGUAUAUUGUAGUAGUUAUUACUUAUUAGUAAUUAAUAGUUAUAUGUACAUAUUAUUAUAUUUAGUUUUAUUUUAUAGCUGAACACUUUUACUAUACAUCUUAAUCUAAUCAAAAAAAGACUAGAAAGAUUUUUGUAACAUUUUGAAUGUAGUUGGUGAAUUGGGAAAGUCGUUUUUGAUUUUUUUGAUGUUCAUUAUACUUCAGAAAAUAUGAGAUAAAUAUAUAGGAAACCCAAUAAGUUUAGAAAUUACCAACCCAAUGAAAACAACAAAAAUGCUACAAAUACAGCUAUCUUGUAAUUUUUGUAUUAAAUUUUUUUUUUUUUUUUCUAUAUUAAUAAUGCAUAAAUUUUGAGCUGUGCUCAAAAUCUACAAAUAUAUACCAAAAAAAUAUGAAUACUUUACAAAUUUUUAAAAUAUCCUGUUAGCUAUUUACAAAUUAAGAUAUUUAAUUUUUUUAAUUUAGGUUAGAUUAGAUAUAAUUCUACUCAUAAACAUAUUAUAUUUAGUUUAAAAAAAAUCUAUUAAAUUGUCUAUGGUAUUAUAGUUUAUAGUUUCGAAUAUAUCAUUUAGAAACUGGGAACUUUUCAUACUCAGAGUGAGGAAUCUAUUAGUUUUACUAUGGUGUUUUAUUUUUAUUUUCUAGUGUCUGUAAACAACUUGGAACAGGAAACUUGUUCCAAUCAAAAAUUGACAAUUUACCUUUUUUUUUUGCAUUUUCAAUCAAAUUGGUUAACAACAAAGUAAUUUUUAGAUUUUCUGUAUAGUUUUCUCAAUAAUUGAGCAAACCAUAAAAUAGUGGAAAAUUUAUGGAAAUAAUAGUUUCAUUAUUUUUAAUUUUUGUUGUUUUUUUGUGAUUCAGUUAAAAAACGUUUAUAGAAACUUGAUAUUUUAAUAAAAAAAAUGUAUAUUUGCUUUGUCUAAAUUAAUUUUUGAGCUAUUUAUAGGCAUUUUAUUUUUGCAGAUUUUUUUUAUUGAUCUUUUCUCAGAAUCGUUUGUUUAUUGGUGCUUACAGGUAUAAAUUAAAUAACUCCAUGCAUCCUGAUCCAACAUUAUCCUAACAUAAUAGCUUAAAUCACAUGUUGUGGCACUACUGAAGUAUAAGAAACUCCAUGAUUUACCUGUACACAGUAGAGUAAAAUCUAGCUAGAGUAGUCCUAGUCUAGUUGGACUGCUCUAGAUAUGUAUGUACACUAAAAGAAAUUUGCUUUAGAAAGAACAGUUUCUGAGAAACCUCUAACUAGAUCAGUCUAUGAUCUGUGUAUAUUUGUACAUAAUUUAGAGCGUAGUUGAUGACAAUACUUUGUUCGAAAAAUGUCGGAUCUAAAUAUUUUGCAGAUGCAGUUGUAUUUUAUUGAAAAAAAAAAAAAAAAAAAACAGGAAAUUUGAAAAAAGAAAAGAAUGAAAAAAUUGUGGGUAAGAAAUUGGAUUUCAAAAAGACACAAAGCAUGCAAAGUUGCUGAAAGAAAUUAGUUUUGUAGAUAACAAUUUGUAUGAAAUUUAAUAGGAAUGUUUAAAACUGAUUACAAUAAUCUUUUGGAAAAAAUUACACCAAGUAUUUAUUAAUAUAUUUUCUGUUUGUCCCACACAAAAUCACUUAUCUUACAUUCAAAAAUAAAUGUUAAACAAUAUAACUUGAAAAAAUUGGGUACUUAAAAUCAAAAAAACAACUGUAUAUGUUUCAAUAUUGAUUGUCACUGUACAGGUACAUUUUUGAUAUUUGCCUGCACUCUAUUUGUGCUGUAUUUACUCUAUUUAUCAUGUUGAAUAAAUCUAGACUACUCUAGCUGGAGUGUCUUAUCUCUAUACACUGUUUACUCUAUCUAGAGUUUAGAGAAGCAACUGCUAGAAUGAUCCAGGUUUUGUGUACACUACCUAGACUAAAAAGAGUAACUAGAGUUACUCUACAAAAAAGAUCUAGUGUGCAGGUACCUUUGUGGAUGCAAGUUAUUUGGGUAGAACCCGAUAGCAAACGAUCUACCUUUUCAGGAACACGAUUGUAUAUGUUUGCUGUAUAACAAUGAAACCCAUAUAAAAAAAACCAUAAAACGACACAAUAGCGUAUGCUACGUUGCCAAAUUUAUAAAAUCAAUUUUUCGUUCAAGUAUUCCUUAUCAGCUUGAUUGUUAAAUAUAUUAAACGUAAAGAAUAUCGACCUAAAAAUACAUAUAAAUAUUACAAAAUCACAUAAACAUUAUCAUAAAAAUAUUAAUCGAGCCAAUUUUAGAUAAAUACAUCAUAAUAUUUUUGCCAAUUUCAUACUGAUAAUACAUUUGAAUAGAAGCUUUAAUCCGUUUUAAAUCAGUUACAGCCAUAUUUUUACUAUUUUCUUUUGAAAUUGAAUAUAUUUUCGUCAUCCUUUUGACUUGGAUUUCUGUUAAUACUGAUAUAACCACAUGUGUUGGUGGGUGGGCACAAUGAAAUUGCCCACUGUACAUCUUGUGGAAGUUCUCUGGACCAUUUGUUCUAUUAAUUUAAUUAAUUUUUUUUAGCUGUUAUAAUUAUAAAAUAAUGUCUUUAAUCAAACUUACCUUAGUAUAGUUGAUGGCUCUUUUGCCCAUAUUUCAGCAAAUAUAUGACCUUUAGUUUCAUUUGGACAUGAACUCAUAAGUUGAAUAAAACUAUCUUCAACUUGUUGGAAUGGUAGAAAUGGUAGUCCAAAAAAAGACUUUAACCAUUGGCCCAAUUCGUCUCCAUUAAUAUAUGAUGUUCAUAAAGUAUUGUGGUUUUGUAUCUAAUCAAUCAAAUAAUUGAUUAAUAAUGAUCCAUUUUUUUAAAUAUUAUAAUGUUUUAGGUAGGUAUUUACCUUACGCCACCAAGCUUGACCUAAAUGAAAUGGACAUCUAAUAAUCUUUAUUUCAGGAAACACCGUUUUUGUAGCUUCAUGAGCAGCAACUUCAAAAUCGACAUGCAAUUGUUUUAUAUUUAGUAUUUCAGAUGAAUAUGUAGAGCUUAAUUUAAUUAAAUACGCCCACAUUUGAAUAUAAGUUUCUUAGCAUUUGUCAAUUAAAAAAAAAAAAUACCAAAGGCAAAUAAUAAUCGGUUUUUAAUCCGUGUAUUGUAUAAAGUUACAUAAAGUACUUAGGUGCGUAAUCAAACGUACCAUCUACAAAUACAUCUUCACACUGUAACAAUAUAUCAAUAUUUGUCUUCGUUGUAAUGCAAAUAAAUUGCAAAUUAUCUGGCACGUGAACAAAUUUUUCAUUUUUGAAUUUAAGACAAUCAUUUUCUUCCAUUUGUCUCAAUUGAGAUAUAGCACAAGUCAAUGAAUCUGGGAAAGGAGGAUAAUUUUUCCGCCUUUUAUCUUACAUUACUUUCUUUAUCGUAAAACGUUAUUUUUUGUGCCAACUAAUGCUAAAUCAUUUCCACGUUCCAACGUAAUUAUUCUAACUGUUUCAUUCACUAUAUUAAAACUAAACUUUGUCACUUUUACAAAAACUACACAAUUCAACGCAAACUACACUCGAUCUGAAUGGUCAACUAAUCUACAGUUUAUAUCUACUUGAUAAUAAGUAAUGUGAACUUUUAUUUUAAAUUAAAUAUCGUUUCCAAUUUCGCCUGUGAUUUCCCAGCGUAACAAGUUAGGAAAAAGGUUGAAAAAGGUACCUUCGAUAAGCAGCAAUCGUACUCUACCCAGUUAUUUUAGACCUAAAUCUAUUGUUAAUAUUGUUUUAAUUUGCCUAUUAGUGUGAAUAUUGUAGCACACAUAAUAUUUUUAAGAGAAUGCUUCUGAAGGAGCUGCCUAUAGCUGGCUUUAUGGCUGUUAAGUAAUACUGGAAAACACUCAACCUUUUUGAUAGAGUCUUUGAAAAUAAUUUAUUAACAUAUGUGGAUUUUAUCCACCUUUGCGCUGUAUAAUAUGUGAUCUACUAAAGAUGCAAAGUUUACAAAAAUGAUUGGUUUACUAUUUAAGAUUAAAUUGGUUUUUGUAUCACUGUAGAACAAAAAAAAACAGACGGAGCAGACAAAAUUAUGUAUUAUCUUUUAAGGAAGCACACUAGCACCAAUUGUAUUUAAUAUGUAUAUUAAAUUUAUUAUGUUAUUUGUUUGUAUCCAAUCUUACAUGAUAAGGAUUUUUGUCAGAUAAUAUGACAUCACACUAAUUACGCUUAUUAGCCUAUUACAAAUAUCUAAAGUGAUCAAAAUAGCCAUAUAAAAGGACAUGAUUCACAGUUAUGGAAGGGGAAGAAAAAUUUGCUGCCUGGGAGUCUCUACCAUGGUCAAAAGGGAAUAUACUAAAUACAUUAGUUAGAAACUUAAAUAACAUAUGGAAAAAUAGAAAUUAUAUUUUUAUUAAAUAUUGUAGCAAUAUUGUAUUUUUGUAUUCAUUAUUCAUAAAAAUAAUAAUAUCUAAACUGCCUUAGGGCUGUUCUCACCAACAAAAAAAAAGGCAUUUAUCUGAUUUACCAAUAUUGGUUGAAUAUCUUAUCAACCCAGUUUAAAAAUCAACAUUUAUAUUGGUGAGAACAGGCCUUAAAUUGCUUUAAUCAGUUUAAUUGUGAAUAAAUUUAGAUAUAAGCAAAUUUGUUUUUGAAUAUAGUAAUGAUUAUUUGAUAAAUAGUUAUUAUAUAAUAUUAUGAUAGCAAUUUAACUUUGUGGAUGUAAAUCACCUAGAAUAGUUCUAUCUUAUUUUCAAGUAAAAAAAUGAUUAUACAUUUUUAUGUUACCUAAUCAUAUUAGGUUUGUAAUUUUUCAGAUGUAGUGCUUGGAUUGAACAGUGCGGCUCCAGAAAUUUACCCAUUUCAAACCUACAAUCACUUCACGAAUGUUGUUUGUAUUUAUGUUCAAUACAUUUUGGAAAAGAGAUGUUUCUUAGUUAUGAAAAUAAAGUCCUUUGUGCCAAUGCACUACCAACUAUUUUCAAGAGUAAAUUUAAUUUAAUUUUAAACUUUAUUGUAAUUAUUCAAUCAAUAAACAUGUUUUUUAUAUGUUUAGGCAAUACAAGACUCCAACCAAAACAAAGUUUCACAAUGCAUACCAAAAUUACCAAAAUAAAAAUGAUAUUUGAUUUAUCCAUCAAAACAUCUAAUAAUUUAUUGUGCUCUUCUGCAUCUUCACUGACAGGUAUGAGGCUAUACAUUUUCUGUAUAUAUUUAUAAUUUAUUUUAUUAUAAGUGAGAGUAUAAUGGUUUAUUGUAAACUUGAUAUCUUAAAUGAGUAUACACACCUAAAGUGUUUAAAUAGAAAAAUUUAACAGGCAGUGCAAUGCAAUAGUCUCUAUUUUUAUUUUUGGGAAAAAUUUUCAUGACAGCAAUAAUUGUUUUGAUUAGAACAAGAUUCUAGAAGAAAAGUUGUUUACAACCAAAAAAAAAAAAAUUUAAAACUCAAAAAACUAAAAUUUCUAUAAAUAACUCAAAAAUGCCUUAAAUGUUUUGAAAAUUUUACCACCUCUACAAAAAGCAAGUGUAAGUAUGCAGCCAAAAUUGCAAGUCUACGAAUAUUUUGAACUGAAUUAUAUUUAAAAAAUAAAUUUUAAAUACAUUGAGUUUCACUCAAUGUGAUCACAUUGGUUCAGGCCAUUUUGAUUCUUUUAAUCAGUAACUUUUGGAACAUAUACAAUAAUACAGUAUAAAUACAUAUCACUAAUACCAUUAAAAAAUGAUAAGAAUGUUCAUAAAAGUGAUUCAAUUAUCUGGUACUUUGUGAUUCUAAUAAAAGGUUAAUAACAUAAGAUUUGGUUUGGGAUUUAUAUUUUCUGAUUGGAGUAACAACUAUUUUCUUAAAUUUUCCUUUACUUUCUAUGUUAUUUUUAGUUUAGCUCAAUUAUUAAAACAACCAAGAAAAUCAAAAACGAAUUACUUAUUCAUUGACUUAAAUAAAAAUACAACAAAAAAGAUCUUUGCUGCUUAAUUAUUGGACCCGUAUUUAUAGUAGAAAAUAUAAGUUCCAAAAUUAAUUUAAUUUUUUGGUAUUUUCCAAUUAUAUUAAAUACUCCAUGGAAAAUCAAAAAAUGAAAUCUCAGCACUAACUAGACAAAAUUGUAUUUCGGCAAACCAAUAGAUCACACCCUACGCUCUGAAUCUAAUGCAGUUUAAAAAAUUAGUUCUGUUUUUAUUUUCAUUUUUUUUCAACUGGUUGAUAAUAAAAACAUAUACAUUUGUACUUUUUAUACAUAUAACAUACAUUUAAUAAAAUAUUUUAUUUAUGCACAAAACAAAAAUGUAUUUCCAAUAAUUAUUAUGUUGAGUUAUCUAUAUAGUUAAAAAUGAGUUCAAUAUUUGAAUUGUAAGGAGAAAUCCUACAAGGGACACAUUUUCAAAAUUUGAAUACACUUACUAUGAUAAUAAUGCAUACUGUAUAUAGUAAAAUUAUUUUUAGAUUCAUCUACAUCAGAAAUCUAUAUUAUUUUGAAUAUUUCUUGAGACAGGUUUUCCUGAGGACAUUCAAUUUCAGAAGCUGGUAUCUGAGGCCAUUGGUCAAAAUGAGGAUGUAAAGAAAUCUGUUAUUCUAUUGCAAGAACGCUUCAAAUACGCAGACACAAUAGAAAAGUGUAUUCAAAUAUGUGAAGAAUUACUGCCACCAGACUUAUUGAAGUUGGUUAAGGAUUAUCUGUUAGAUAAUUAAUUUAAAAAAAACUAAAUAUCCAUUUACCAAAAACGUAGAAACAUUUAUUUGUUAUGAUUUUUAAAUCAAACAAAUCUGUAUGUUUCCUAUAAUAAGAUAAAAAAAAUAUAUUUAUAAGGAAAUUCAUUUAUUAAUAGAUUAUACUUAGUGUAGAUUAGAAAAUUAUUAUAUACAAUUUUAAUUUGUAACCAAUUUAUAGCAAUUUAUAUACUAUUAUUAAUAAUUUUUUUUUGUAAUAAUUUUUUUCUUAUUAUUAGUAAUGGAUGUAUUUAUUUAAACUUUAUAAUGAACAUUUAAAUGCUGCUGAAAAACCUUUUUUUUCAUAUAACAUAUUAUUUGCUUCUCUUACUGUUUUAAAAACUUAUAUAGUAAGUAGCUUUAAUGUGAAUUGUAUCUAUUAGAAAAAGUCAUUAAAAUAAUAAUUAUAAUAUAAAACAAUUAUUAAAAAAAGACAAAUUAUGGUUUAUUUUUUAUUUAUUUAUUUAACUUUAUUUUACAUUUGUUGAAGUAUUUUCAUUGUAGAUUGUAUUGGGGGU